GUGAAAGCCCACACGAUUUCCCAUCAGAGCACAGCCCUCCCGUCACAUGGUGCACUGUUGAGCUUUUUUUUUUUGUUUUUUUCUCAGGACAGAGGAGCAGGGAGCAGAACAAAACUGCGCGCAGAGGAGGAUAACACAGAGUUUAACGUAAAGACAAACAGAAAAAGGUGGCAUGGGAAUAUUUUUCUUUUGCCACGAAGAAUGACUUUUGCCAAGUUUUUUGUGUCAUUUUGUAGCGCAAUGAAGUGAAACUCCGCCAUAUUCAGCUCACCACGCCCGGAGCUUAGCUAUCAGAGGUUAAGACUCGCUUCUUCACAGUCUUUAACUUAUUGCACAAAGUUAAUUUCCUGCCGACAGGAGAGGAACAAGGUGAGGUGUCCAGGAGAAAUGACUCUGAGCUCCGUGGGUGCCUGCUGCCUCAGCCCUGAGGCCAAAGAGGCUCGCAGGAUCAACGAUGAGAUAGAGAGGCAGCUCCGCCGGGACAAGAGGGACUCCCGACGGGAAUACAAGCUACUCUUGCUCGGGACUGGUGAAAGUGGGAAGAGUACUUUCAUCAAGCAGAUGAGGAUCAUCCAUGGCCGGGGAUACUCCGACGAGGAUAAGAGAGGCUUCAAACAGCUGGUCUACCAGAACAUUUUCACAGCCAUGCAGGCCAUGAUCCAGGCCAUGAACAUAUUGAAAAUCCCCUACAAGUGUGAAAACAACCAGGCCAAUGCCAGUAUUGUCAAUGAGGUUGAUGUGGAGAAGAUCACAACAUUAACAAACCCGUUCGUGGAUGCUAUCAAGAACCUGUGGAGCGAUCCGGGGAUUCAGGAAUGUUACAAUCGGAAGAGGGAAUACCAGCUCUCAGACUCAGCCAAAUACUAUCUGAAUGACUUGGACCGAAUCGCUGAUACUGCAUACCUGCCAACUCAGCAGGAUGUCCUGAGGGUCAGGGUGCCCACAACAGGUAUUAUAGAGUACCCCUUUGACCUGGAGAAUGUGGUGUUCAGGAUGGUGGAUGUGGGAGGCCAGCGCUCAGAGAGGAGGAAGUGGAUUCACUGUUUUGAGAAUGUGACUUCCAUCAUGUUCCUGGUGGCGCUCAGCGAGUACGAUCAGGUCCUCAUUGAGUCAUCCAAUGAGAAUCGAAUGGAGGAAAGCAUGGCCUUGUUCCGGACAAUCAUAACCUACAAGUGGUUCGAAGAGUCCUCAGUCAUCUUGUUCCUCAACAAGAUAGACUUACUGGAGGAGAAAAUCAUGUAUUCACAUUUGGUUGACUACUUCCCUGAAUAUGAUGGUCCCCAGCAGGAUGUCAAAGCAGGGAAAGAGUUCAUUUUAAAUAUGUUUGUGAGUCUCAAUCCAAACAUGAAAAAAUUAAUCUACUACCACUUCACCUGUGCCACAGACACAGACAACAUCCGAUUUGUCUUCCGUGCGGUGAAAGACCAUAUCUUGCAAGGCAACCUGGAAGUCUACAACUUGGUUUAAGACUGUGAUGGUGCCGCUGUAAUUCAAUCUACCUUGUACAGCUGGCAGUCGGCAGAGCUCUGCAGUGCUUCAGUUCGCCUCACACUGCUGCUGAACACUGUAAUCCAAAACAGGAUUGAGAAGCUACAGAGCUUGUCGCCAAAUGACUGUACUACUGAUGUAUUUGAAAUUCUCCUGUUAGGCUCUUUGAAAAUGGAUUUCUCCAGCUAUAAUGAAGUGUGUCCUGACAAUUAAAGUGCUGCCUUAGUAAGGAAUCUCUUAUAGUAUGCACUCAAAUAUAUGAAGCUCGUUGUGAACAUUUUUGAGCAGUAACAGUAUAAAUGCACGUGGAUGAAUUGAGAGGGGGGGAAAAGUAUUUUAGUGGCCUCGUAAGCCUCUAAGGACUAGUAAUGUACUAGGUCUGUCCUUCAGGGAAUCUGUGGAAGUGAAUGUAGACUAACUGCAAUGCAGCACCUCACAUCACUAACCUAAGUCGGUCAUGUUUUUCUUUUUAAAGUUAAACGGUAAAAACACUCUAAAUGCUUAGUUUGUGUCUUGACCUAAGGGGAAACUAGUCAUAAUCAACACUAAUUACACAUUUAGUUAAAUACAAUUAUUGGUUUGCACACUGAGCAUUUCAUACGAUCAGUAUUUGUACCAAUAUUCUGCAUGUGUGUACCUCACUUGGUUGAGUAUAAUUCCACAUCCUUGUUUCAAAUUCAUUCACUUUGCAUUAGUCUGUGAUGGCAUUGUUCAGUGUUAAACCACUUUCUGUGUGCACAGUGUAAAUUAUAUAUUUUUAUGUAAUUUAACACAGAUUUAAAGGGAAUCCUACUAGAUUCUGCUACAUUAGCACUCCUUUUUAAAAUGUUUUUGUUAUUGUGUCAAAACUGUAGAAUAAAAUGUGUAUGGUGUGUAUAUUCAGUUCAUUAACAGUUUAUAGUAGUUUUUUUUUUUAAAGUAAUUUUCUUCUUUAAAAAUAUUUUUUGUAAAUGGCUUCAAAACUUACCCUUUAUCUGAAUGCAUAUUGUAAAUAUCACAUGGUACAGUCAUUUCCCAGUCCUGCCCCUUUGUUUGCUGCAAGGGCAAUGUAAAAGGCCAACUGCUGAAGAGAGAACUGUUAAGUAAUCUCUCAGGCCUUAAACUAGUGCAUUCUUGAUAAUUAAUGUAAUUUAGAUGCUGUUCAACAGUAUGAUAUGAAUGAAUAAAAAGCUAAUGAGAGCAUAUCCAUGGCACUAAUGUUUACACAACCUCUCUUCUUGUUAAAAAUAAUUACAGUCUAAUUUGUACGGUUUAAUUUAUGUUUCUGUUUUACUGUCACUGCAGUGUCUUAUCUAAUGCAGCCUUAGUGUUUUUAAUAAUGUGAUUGACUGAAUAAACAGAUAUGUUG